UCACGCUAGACCUUUGACUUGGUCACGUGAUAACAACAAGGAAGUGGUAUUGCAGACUCGAUAAAAGGCAUGAGUUUUAUUCAGUGUAUAUGCUUCUAAUGAGGUUUAUAAUUAUUUUUGAACGCGUAUGAAAAUAACACCAGUAAGCGAUAUACUGCCAGCGACAGCCGCAGCGCACCUUGGCUGUUAACACCUGGUUAGGAGAUGGGUGUGAAGGUGUUUAGGAGUCCUGCCCGCCAUGGCUACGCCGUGGAGGGAUCUCCCUUCAUCCCCACCAGGUUGGCCUGCGCUGCUUCACAAUACUACGGCAUUGCUGGUUCUGGCACACUGCUCAUCCUGGAAGAGACGGAAUUAGGGAUCGCUCUGGUGAAGAGCUGUGAGUGGAGCGACGGGCUGUUCGACGUGGCGUGGAGCGAGACCAAUGAGAACGUGUUGGCUGCCGGGGGCGGGGACGGUAGCCUGCAGCUCUGGGACUCAUCGUCCAAUCACAGCGCGCCACUCAGAGUGGCCCGCGAACACACACAGGAAGUGUAUUCUGUUCACUGGUCUCAAACCAGAGGAGAGAACCUGUUGGUUUCUGGGUCCUGGGACCAAACGGCUAAAGUGUGGGACCCAACUCUUAGCAAAUCACUGACCACACUCAAGGGUCACGAAGGGGUCAUCUACAGUACUGUCUGGUCCCCCCACAUCCCAGGAUGCUUUGCUUCUGCCUCAGGUGAUGGGACGCUCAGGGUUUGGGACAUCAAGAGUGCUGCAUGCCGAUUGGCCAUCCCGGCCCACAAGUCCGAAAUCCUGAGCUGUGAUUGGUGCAAAUAUGACGAGCACAUGGUGGUGACGGGGGCAGUGGACUGCAGUGUGUGUGUGUGGGACCUGAGGAACCCCCGGCAGCCCGUUUGUCAGCCACUGGUCGGACACUCCUACGCCAUCCGCAGAGUCAAGUUUUCUCCCUUCAGUCGGACGGUGUUGGCAUCCUGUUCCUAUGACUUCAGUGUCAGGUUCUGGGACUACAGCAGCAGUCAGCCUCUUCUGGAGACAGUGGAGCAUCACUCUGAGUUUGUCUGUGGGGUAGACUUCAGCCUACACACACCCAACCAGGUGCUGGACUGCUCCUGGGACGAGACAGUGAAGAUCUACACACCUGCCUGCCUUACAGCUGGAACACACACUGCUGGACCAUAGAAAACACGCACACACACACACACACACACACACACACACACACACACACACACACACACACACACACACACACACACACACACCUCAAAAAUGCCUGUCUGCUUUUCAGGCGUUGAGAGUAAGACACUGAAUUUUAAAUGUUGACUUUGGAGACGCUACGAUGAUUAUGAGAUUAAUGCACAUCGCUUUAUUGAACACUGAGAAAUAUGCUGUCCAUUCUGAUGACCUCACAAACCACACAAACACAUCAUAAUCAAUAAUUUUCCAAACAAAUGUAUUUUUAAAUGACUGCCAUAGUAGUUGGUUAUUCGUAUUCGUUUUUCCUAUUUAUAUAUUUAAAAUGUCUGAAAAUAACAACGCUAUACCCUUGAUCUAUUUCCGUGUGUGUUUUCGUGCCUGUGAUUAGGACGACAAAGUCUAUCUUUAACAGUUGUUUAACAGUUGCUGUGAUCAUAAAAUAGGGUUCAUGAAGACCCCAUAAACACAGUAAACCCAAAAAAAUUGGGACUUUUUGA